AUGGACGGUGUCGACCAAGACGUCGUCAUGGGCGGCGACGACAGACCUUCAAAUCACACCACGACACCCAAUGGUGUCGCUGCGGCCGUCGGCGGCAAUCCCAAAAGCGAGAAUCCGACGCCUUCCGACGAGGAAGAUGAAGAGGACUACGAAGAUGAAAGUGAAAACGUGGAUGUCUCGAACCAGCUGCGCAGACGAGGACUUCUCCCCACAGCAUGUUGCUAUGAUGAUCGGAUGAAGCUUCACGUCAAUGCCGACUUUGGCUCGACACCUCAUCAUCCCGAAGAUCCUCGUCGUAUAGAGGAGAUCUUUAAAGCGUUCAAGAGAGCCGGUUUAGUCUACACAGGCCCAGAGGCGAACGUGGCCCAGGUCCUGCGAGACACCCCAACAAAGUACAUGUGGAGAAUCGGCGCCCGCGAGGCCACAAAGGAAGAGAUUUUGACCACCCAUACGCCGCUGCACUAUCAUUGGGUUGAGGACUUGUCCAAGAUGGACUACGAAACCCUGCGGGAGACUAGUAGACAGUACGAUCAGGGCCGAGCCUCGCUCUACGUUGGCAGCCUUACUUUCACUGCAGCGCUUUUGUCUUGUGGAGGCGCCAUCGAUACCUGCAAACACGUUGUUGAAGGGAACGUCAAGAAUGCGUUUGCGGUCAUCAGACCGCCGGGUCAUCACGCGGAAUACGACCAACCACUCGGAUUCUGUUUCUUCAACAAUGUUCCCGUGGCCGUCAAGAUCUGUCAACAGGAAUAUCCCGAGGAUUGCCGCAAAGUUCUCAUUUUGGACUGGGACGUCCACCACGGCAACGGAAUUCAGAACAUCUUCUAUGACGAUCCCAACGUGCUAUAUAUCUCCCUUCAUGUUUACCAAAACGGAGUCUUCUACCCGGGCAAGCCCGAUAACCAAGACAUCCCGGAUGGAGGUUUGGAGCACUGCGGCACCGGGCCGGGUCUCGGGAAGAAUAUCAACAUCGGAUGGCACGACCAGGGAAUGGGCGACGGCGAGUACAUGGCUGCAUUUCAAAAGAUCAUCAUGCCCAUCGCGAACGAAUUCAACCCUGACCUCGUUGUCAUCUCGGCCGGCUUCGACGCUGCAGACGGCGACGAGCUCGGCGGUUGCUUUGUGACACCGACUUGCUACGCUCACAUGACGCACAUGCUGAUGUCGCUGGCGGAUGGCAAGGUUGCUGUGUGCUUAGAGGGUGGCUACAACUUGCAAGCCAUCUCUACCUCGGCCGUGGCCGUUGCUCGCACUUUGAUGGGAGAACCCCCACCGAAGAUGGAUAUCCCUCUGCUCAACAAGGACGCAGCGAGGGUCCUUGCCAAGGUUCAAAGUUACCAGGCACCAUACUGGGAAUGUAUGCGGCCAGGCAUUGUUCCUGUGCCCGACAUCCAAGAACUCAACGCCACCAGGUUGCAUGACCAUGUCAGACUUGGUCAGCGACAGGAUCUUUCACAGAGGCACCAAAUGAUCCCCCUGUUCAUCCAGAGAGACCACCUCUUCAAGUCAUACGAAAACCAAGUUCUCGUGACACCUAAUAUUCAGUCUGCGCGUCGACUCAUCGUCAUCAUCCACGACCCUCCGGAAUUUCUCGCCCAGCCUGAUGUCAUUGAUCGACAUCUUGAGCUUCACAACGCAUGGAUAGUCGACAGUGUCACCCAGUACAUUGACUGGGCCAUUGGCGAAGAUAUUGCGGUCAUGGAUGUCAAUGUCCCCAGCAAAGUCAUUCGAGACGAGGACAUGGAUCCGUACAAUCACAAGACGGCCGAUAAAGAAUUGCUUGCCGAACUCCAGGAGCUGGUGAAUUAUCUUUGGGACAACUACAUCCAGCUGUAUGAAGAGGCGGACGACAUUCUUCUGCUCGGUGUUGGCCGGUCAUAUAAUGGAGUCAAGCAGCUCCUUACGAGCCGAGACUGCAAAGCGCGUAUAGCCGGAGUCGCUAGCUUCGUUGAUGGGAUGCUGCGCCCUGUAAAGUCGGAUGUUGAUAACGAGCUUUCAACAUGGUACAAGGACCAUUCGCGAAUCUACGUUGCCCGCGAUCACAGUUGCUGGAACAGCCCAGAUACAGUCCGUAGGGUGGCCAAGCGGCGUUUCGGCACAGUGAUCCGUAGCAACUCGAAUGGCGUCAACAAGAUGAUGCAGAUGCAUGCCGAGGAGGUCCAGAGUUGGAUGCUGGAGAAGCUGGCAGCUCGUCAGGGAGGAGACACCACCGAAGAUGACAAGAUGAGUUGA